AUGGACGAAUUCGAUUUUAUUUCGCACAAAUUAAUGAUCUUUGCUGGUAUUCUAAUGUAUGUAUUUGGUUCCAUUGGGAAUAUUUUAAACAUUUGUGUUUUUACAAAAUGGUGUCGUUCGAAAAAAAAAUCCAAAUAUUCAUUCCCAUGUGGUGCAAGUAAUAGUUCGUUAUAUUUGCUUGGAUCGUCUAUAUCAAAUUUAAUUGUUAUUAUUUAUCCAUUAUUGACUCGAAUUCUACUCGAUGGUUAUGAAUUUGACACCACAAAAAGCAAUGAAUUUCUCAUAUGCAAAUUACGUUACUUUAUUUUGCAUACAUUUGAUUUAACGUCAUUAGCAUGCAUAUGUUUAGCUACAUUCGAUCGAUAUUUAAUAUCGUCAAGGGAAGUUCGUCUCAGAAAACUAAUAACAACACGAAGACGAACGCAAUCUAUUAUUUUAAUUCUUGUCGUAUUAUUCGGCAUGCAUAGUAUUCCAUUGAUGAAAUAUUAUCGUGUUUCGAAAGCGGGAUAUUGCACUAUUGUGUCAAUUACUUAUUCCUAUUAUUAUUUAUAUACAUUUCAAAUAUUUCUUCAUGGUAUAAUGCCAAUUAUAUUUCUUUCUGUAUUUGGUUUAUUGACACUUAGACAAUUAAGAAUAAUUAGUAAGCGAAAAAAUCGCUACGGAUUAAUUAACGGCGAUAAACAAUUAUCUCGUAUGCUUCUACUGUUAUCUUUAGCAAUUAUUUUAUCAUCAAUUCCAUAUUGUAUUGAACAAUCGUAUUAUGUUUUAUUCAAUGGAAAUAAUCGUAAACAGACGUCAGUCUUCUUUCUGUAUCAUGUUACAUGUUCGAUAUUGUUUUAUGCAAAUCCAGUGUCUAGUUUUUACAUAUAUUAUGUUUCGACAAGAAAUUUUCGCGUACAAGUACAUCAAAUUCUUUUUGCAAGACGAAACGCUGAUUAUGUUGUUUUCUAUCCAAUUAAACCUACGGUCACUGCAACACAAAGUGUACGUGAAUCACUUGUAUAG